AUGUUUUGGGAGGCAUAUAUAGAUUCAAAUGUCAUUGCCGGUCGAGCUGGCAGGUUUCAAGAGGAAACUGGGAAGUAUAAGAACAUUGUGUACCUGAACUGCAGGCCUGAGAAUAAUUUUUUUCCUGAUCUAUCAACUGCUUCAAGGGCGGAUAUCAUAUUUUUCUGCUCUCCAAACAAUCCAACUGGCAAUGCUGCAUCACAGCAGCAACUAAAGCAACUGGUAGAGUUUGCAAAAGCAAACGGAUCAAUAAUUGUUUAUGAAGACUCCUAUGCUGCUUAUAUAUCUGAUGACAGCCCGAGAUCGAUUUAUGAAAUUCCUGGGGCCAGAGAGGUUGCCAUUGAAGUUUCAUCCUUCUCCAAAUUUGCUGGGUUUACAGGUGUCCGUCUCGGGUGGACGGUUGUCCCUGAUGAGUUGUCAUAUGCAAAUGGAUUUCCUGUCAUAAAGGACUAUAACCGCAUAGUGUGCACCUGCUUCAAUGGUGCAUCAAAUAUUGCCCAGGCUGGAGGGCUAGCAUGCCUUUCUGCAGACGGUUACCAGGCCAUAACCACAGUGGUUGACUACUACAAGGAAAAUGCAAAAAUAAUUGUGGACACAUUCAGAUCACUUGGGUUGAAGGUGUAUGGUGGCAAAAAUGCACCUUAUAUAUGGGUACAUUUUCCAGGGUUGAGUUCUUGGGAUGUAUUCAAUGAAAUUCUUGAAAAGACAGACAUAGUGACCAUACCAGGAAAGGGAUUUGGUCCUGGAGGUGAAGAGUACAUCAGAGUUGGUGCUUUUGCCCACAGAGAAAGUAUAUUGGAAGCUUCAAAAAGGCUAAAAACUCUUUUUUAACUUGAAUUAUUUCAUAAAUAUUUGAACCCAGUUGACAGGUACUUGGAGCAAGAAUGACCAUCUUCCUGGAGAACUUUAUUGGUUCAUGAGAUGAAUUAGGAUUGGACAAUUAUUUGGUGCUGAUAAGGAAAAAUAUAAUUGAACUGUAUUGCAUUGUUCAUAAGAUUUGCUUCUUCUCAGCCCAUUAUUGGUUGUGACUUGUCUAAAUUGUAUAUGUCCUCAUUCAACAUGGCACCUUGAACCUUCUGGCCUUCUUUC